AUGACCUUCUUCAGCGACUACUGCGUCAAGCCACUGCUGGGACUCGCCGGCAACCUCAACGCGCCUGCGCCCGGCUUCAGCGAGGGCGGCGCAGCCGGUGCCGCUGCCUUUGCACCCACGAGCCCGCCACAGCCUCAGGCGCCUCAGCCCCCGGCGGACGCGCAGCCCGCUCCCUUGAGCGCGGUGCGCCCCGCGGGCUACCUGAUCACCCACACUGGCGGUAUACGGGAGGUGUAUGCGAUGGAGCGGCCGCCGCAGCAGAUGCCGCCACAGCAGCACCGGCAGCACAUGCAGCACAUGCAGCACAUGCAGCAGCAGCACCACCUGCACCACCAGCACCAGCAGCAGCCGCAGCAAAUGGCCCACCAGCAGGCGCCGCAGUUCCCGGCCCACCAGCAGGCAGGGUUUGCGGCGUACAGCCCGCCUCCCGCAUACAACAGCCCCCUGGCUCAGCCGGUGCAGCCCAUUAUGCCCCAGUCUCCGGUGCAGCACGCGCAGUCUCCGAUGCAUCACGCGCAGCUGCCGGCAUGGCAGCCGCCGGCGUCCCCUAGGGUUCAAGCGCCCAUCCCUGAGCACGAGAUCAUCUGGAACCUCCAGACAGAGGUCAUGCGGCUGGACGGCCUCCUCGGCAGCAUGAUCCGCGUGCACAGGCAGCAGCUGACCGUCAUGAUGGCGCAGCGCGAGGCGGCCGACCGGCACACCGCCGACGUCGCGGCGGCGCACGCGUCGCAGAUGGCGUCCAGGUUCUCGGAGAUCCAGGAUCUGAAGGGGCGCAUCAAGGCGCUGGAGCAGCAGGCGGACGACGCGCGGGCGCCGGCCACGCCCUGCCAGAUGGGAUACCAGCCGGGCAAGGAGUUUGCGGGGCAACACCAGGGCGUUGAGGCUGCCGCGGCCGCGUUCGAGCAGGUGCAGCUGCAGGCUCAGGCGCAAGCGCAGGCUCGGCGCGAGGUGCGGCUGCGCCAUGGCGCGGAGAUGAAGGCGCUCAGAAUGAGGCUGCAGGCGCAGGCGCGCGCGGACAAGGCACGCGUCUGCCGGGAAAUGGGCGAGAGGAUAAGGGCGGCGGGCCUCAGGAGGGCGGAGGAGCCGCAGGAGAGCAGCUGCUGA